GCGAGAGUUUAAUGAACUUAGCAGUUUGCAGUUUGUUAGCCAUCGGUUGAGAAUAAAGCAUUUACCGCUUAUUGUUUAUAUUUACAACAAUCUGUUGUGUGUGCCCGGCAGGUUUCAGGCUCAGUAGGCACUUUACUGUCGUUAAAGCGGUUCUGGACCCACCAUGAUAGCCUCCAGACGAUGAUGUUCUCCCGGUUGGCUGCUGGUUUCAUCCGAUCCAGGAGCUUCUUUAUCGCCGACAUGCCAAAGAGAGAGUUUUAUUACGCUGUCAGGAAUGGAUUGAAACCAGGAGUCUACAAGACCUGGGAUGAAUGUAAGAGUCAUGUCGAUAAAUUUCCUGCGGCAUCUUACAAGAAGUUUGUAUCAGAACCAGAUGCUUGGGCGUUUGUCAGAGGUGAAGAUCCGUCUGCAGUUCCAGGUGACCCCAAAUCGAUUCAGAGUUCACAGUCAGAUGUUUCUCUGCUUCCUAAACGAGGCCCGGAGCCUCUUGAGUACAUCCCGCUUGGGAAGAAGAGGUGUAACUCAAAAGAGGGGGCAGAGCUUCAGCCUAAACGACUCAAACAAGAAGGAAACUCGUCCUCAGAACCCAAAGAUGUGUUCACAUACAUGGGUGAUGCUGUGGUGGUUUACACUGAUGGCUGCUGCACAUUUAACGGAAAGGUCAGAGCUCGAGCCGGGAUCGGCGUUUUCUGGGGUCCCGACCACCCUCUAAACGUUGCAGAGCGGCUGCAGGGACGACAGACCAAUCAGAGAGCAGAGAUACAGGCAGCCUGCAGAGCUCUGGAACAGGCCAAACAGAACAACAUCCAGAAACUGGUUCUCUACACAGACAGCAAGUUCGUCAUCAACGGAGUGACCAGUUGGGUGAAGAACUGGAAACUGAACAGCUGGAGGCUGAAGUCUGGAGGUCCCGUCACAAACAAAGAUGACUUUGUGAAGCUGGACGGACUGAACUCAGAGCUGGAUGUGGUCUGGAUGCACAUCCCGGGUCACUCAGGCUACCAAGGCAAUGAGGCGGCAGACCGGCUGUCCAGGGAAGGAGCUGGCAGGCCUCUCGACAACGAGGAGGGUUUAUAAAUUUCUGCUCUAGAAAUCUCACGUUCUUUGUUUCCCCAGCUGCUGUUGCAGCACUUUGUUUGUGGUUCUUUGUUUUAUCUGAAUAAAGUUUAAUUUAUCAAAUUCA